AUGGAUCUUCCUAACGUACAGGGUUACGUGGUGUCGAUGGAGCAACAAGUGGCACUAUUUGAAGUGGUUCAGGCCGUUAUCACACUGCAGCCGGGUCAUCAUGCAAGCGCUGAGUUCUUUGCUAAGUCGCUCUUCUUCAUGAGCGUCGGAAGCAACGACAUCUUCGAUCACCACGAUUACAAUGAGACCACCGUGUCCCAGCCUGAGCUGAUGGCUGCGCUUCAGUCUAACUACACAGCCCAACUGACUGCUUUGUAUGACUUGGGAGCUUGGAAAUUCGGGAUCGUGAGCGUCCCUCCGAUCGGGUGCUGCCCCUAUGCGCGGCUCCAGAACUUGAAGGCAAACAGGUCGGGCUGUUUUGCGGAGCUGAACAAUUAUGCGCGGUCCUUCCAUUCGAUGAUCUCGGCUUUGUUGCAGAAUCUGAGCUCACAGCUCCAAGGCAUGGUCUACUCGCUUGGAGACGCAUAUACCAUGACCUCUACCCUCAUGGACGAUCAUCUUGCCGUUGGCAUUGACAACAUAGAAGAAGCGUGCUGUGGGCGCGGGACGCUGAAUGCGGAGAAGCCGUGCUUCACCAACGACAUCCCCAACCUGUGCCCGAACCGCAGCGAUCACUUGUUCUGGGACAUGUUCCACCUGACCGAGUACGUGGCCCAGAAAGCUGCCAUCACCCUUUUCACCGGGGGCCCGACCUUCGUGGCGCUGAUGAACUUCAGCCAGUUGGCCUGGGCCAGCGCAUGA